CACCGCAACUAGGAGCAGGAAUACCGGUAGUUCUUUUAUGUUUUGGGACUGAGGUGCUUGGAAUCAUGGAUAUUGCCUUGAUAUUGAGGGCUUUUCUUCUGUCUGCCAUGCUGUGUCGUGUCUAUAGCUUUCCAGCUAAAGGAUAUUAUGGCCAUCAACCCCUAGCGCAGCCUGGUCAAAUGCAGACUGGUUGGCCAUCUUCAAGCUCCACUGAUGUUCAGCAGUCAGGUCCACCUCAGACCCCUGGGCUGUAUACACAGUCUAGCCCAGGUGUGUCUCCGAUGACCUUCUCUGGUGAAGUCAAGGGCUCCAUGCCUCAAACUAGUUCUGGAUAUGAAGAGUUUGAGGCUGCCCCUCCUGUGUUUGAUCCACAUUUCAACUACUGGCGGCAGCCCUCCUACAAAGCUGGGACACUCAUUCAGAGGGGUGCUACUUAUGAACAUGGCAAUGAAGAAUCUGAGUCCCAUGAUUCUGGAUACCUGCAGCCUCCCCCGCCACUCCGAGCCUUCUCUGAGGGCCGUGUCCCAGAUUCUAAUGAACCACUUGAAAGCCAGUUUUAUUCCCCUGCACAUGUUCAAGGAGCAAACGGUGUCCCAGAGCCCAGUAAUGUCAGUCCACCCGAGGAGUUAUAUGAUGCCCGGUUCUUUCACAUGUUCAUCACUGGCCAACUUCCACCUGGUACAGUAACUCACUUCAGUUCCACCGACGAGCAUGGCAGCAAUGCUUGGACCGAUAUUAGCUUUGAGAGGAUUCCACCACCCCCUUACAGGAAGACCAACACUAAGGUUCAUCAAGCUUUUUCACAGCCCCCUCAGAAACCCUGGAAGUUUACCUGGUGAGGUGACUCAUCCUCUUUAACAGGGGUGACGACCAGAAGUACCUGGUGAGGCACAUGAUCUUCAUGCAGUGUCUUCUGUACAGUUUUAAAAGGUUCUAAUGUUUCCCUUUUCUCAAUAAGGGCCACCUCAUGGAUAUCCAGACUUUGCUAAUUGAAUUCAAUAA